CGGACAAUCACUCUCAGACAGUCCCUCUAGAUAUCGCCUCAAUUGAUUGAAAGGAUCUGGUGUUCUUCUUCCCCUGUGGCAUUCCUUCUCUUGUGACUCAAUUGCUCGCCACCAGCUCCCUGGCUAGCUUCUCUCAUCUUGUCUCAUUUGCUUUUUUUUUUUUUCAGCAGUGGACAGCAAUCUCUACAGGUCCGGACCCUAAGAGAAAAGCACAAGGUGUUAUUCAAGCCUCGCUGCAGACCAAAAUAAACACUUCCGGAAGCCCUGCAGAAAUUCAACACACUUGUUUUGUCCUACAUUCUCUCCUUUGAUCAGAUAAAUAAACAUCACAAACCACCAAACAGCCCUGUCAACUCAACCACUAACGCUACUUUCCGCCUCUUUCUUUGUCCUUCUCCCUUCCUCUGCUUUGUCUGCUUCUGCCAACUUGAUGCUGCUGUUCGUUCUUUAACCCUCUGCAACCUGUCGUUCUCGCUUCGUUAGCAGCCAAAAUGGACAGUCACCUGGACCACACCCGUCAUCGCAGCAUCUCUUCGAAUCCAAACGAAGGCGCAGCUCUGCCUUGGAUCCUGGAACACCUGCUUGCGUAUCCCGGAAACUAUGAGAUCCCCCUUCGAACUAUGUACACAUUGAAUUCGACUUCAAUCGCCCAGCCUCCCGCUCUCUCGCCGCCGUUAGUCCCGCCCAGCUCGGCAUUCUCUCGCGAAGCUCAGGGCAACGCGUUUCCGGCCGCCAGGACCACCAACGACAAGCAGAAUGUGCCGAACGUGUCUGAUACUGCCGCGAUGUUCAAGGCACAGCUGAUGUCCCAGAUCUCGCAGUUGCCCUCGCAGCCGUGCUCGCUUCCGCCCACCUUCAUUACGUCCUUUGUUCGUCGAUGCUUUCCGCCGGUCGUUGAAGAGGUUGACUUUCCUCAGGCUUUGACAGCUUUGGAUUACCUUCGGGACCUCGAGAAUCGCAGAAGAAAGGGGGUCAUGGACGCCUUGCACAGACUGGGCAUUACUGGUGCCGAAGGGGAAAAGCAGGAUCUUUCAAAGCGCUAUCCUGGUGUGCUCACAUGGAUUGACGCCAUGGAAUGCAAAGAAAGAGUUGCUGCUGCACUGUAUACUCAAGUUUACAUACGCCUUCGUCGCUGGACUUUGAUCAACGAAAUGCUACUCGAGCCGUUUAACAAGGCUAACUGUAUUGCCAUGCUCAAUACCUUGUUCCCACCGAUCGUCGGCACCCCGCCUACUUCUCAUCUCAAUUCGAAAAUCCUCAACGACCAGAGAAACGGCUUCUUUGACCUCAUCCUGGAUGUUGGAAAGCGGGGAAAGCGGGUUCUUGAGCCAAUGAUUCAACAGGAUAUGCGUCCCGGCGAUGCUACCGGAUGGCCUGUCGCCCAAGAGUAUAUCGAUAAAUAUCUUCGUGCAGCUACUGCAAUCAUUGACGAAUGCGCUGACGUUACAAGCCGACAAUAUUUCGAGGAGCCACCAUUCGAAAGGAAACACAAGGGAAGAAAGAUUGAUUCCGGGAUCAGUUUUAUGUCUGUCGACAGACCAUCCACAAGCAGCAGCAUCACUAGCCACAAUAGCAAGCUCCUCAACAAACCGCUUCCCCAGUCUCCCACCUCAGCUAAGUCCAAACAUGGCGGAACAACACUGGAAAGAAUUGCCAAAGAAAUUCGCAAGAUCAAAUCGCGUGGUGACCUGGGGGAGUCGGCAAAGGAAGAAAAGAAGGCCUCCAAGGGCCUCAAAAAAAUGCGAUCCGGUCUCCUCAAGGACAAAGAGAAGCGUCACUCCGGCAGUUCGGACAGUGAUCCGCCUUUUGAUCCAGAAGAGUUCAAACAGCGCAGAAUGGAGUGGGAGGCGAAGAAUGCCGACAAGCUCGAACAUGCCCGUCGGAUCAGCAAUUCAUGAGCGAAACACGAUUCACUUCAGGAAAUGAGUAUUAUGAGUAUAUGAUGAUAUCGGCGUUUUUCGGAGUCUUCCAACAAAAUCUUCAUGCUCGACCUUUUUCUUUUUAUCGUACGCGUUGUUUCAUUUUGAAUUGUAUUUUGGUGAGGAACUGUUGAGUUAUCCGCCGUUCAAUAAGCCCACUGCAAAUGCUGUUUACGGAGAAAUCUGGCGCACGGUAUCGGAUUGAAUAUCACCUCGAAGAUGGAUGUGGCUCUCACGAGCGUUAAAAAAAAAAAAAAAAAAAAAAAAAAAAAGGCAAAGCAAAACUGUUUCCUUUUGGGCGCUUUCGCUGACGGCGAUGAGUGGUCUGCGUUUCCUUUACUGCCACUGCGUACGCCUUAUUUUGAGGUUCCCCACUUCAUCUUUCUUCGUUUGGAUUCUGGCACAUUGUAUGAAACCCUUAUUCCACCAUGUUUUAUUGUCUGUUCGUUAAAGAGGUCUGUUACCGAGCUACCUGUGAUGACUUGAGAUGCCGAUGUCGAUGUAUCUUUGAUAUGUCUGCAGUGUGAAUGAUACGUGAAUGAUUCGCUUGAUG